UGGCGGACGUGAGGCGAAAGAGGCGGGACAAAUUGCCGCGGGUUCGGUGCCGCCACUGGAACCGGGAGAUGCGGCGCAGGAGGUGUCGGUGUGUGGGCUUUCACCUGAGUCUCGUCUCCUAUUGCGGUCCCUGCUGCGGCUUCGGUCAUGCUGUUACCUUCGGACAUUGCGCGGCUGGUUCUGGGUUACUUACAACAGGAAAACCUCACUUCUACCUGCCAGACUUUUAUUCUGGAAAGUUCAAAUUUAAAAGAAUAUGCAGAACAUUGUACAGAUGAAGGUUUUAUCCCAGCCUGCUUACUGUCCUUGUUUGGAAAAAACUUGACAACAAUUCUGAAUGAAUAUGUAGCUAUGAAAGCAAAAGAAACAUCAAAUGAUGUCCCAGCAAUAAUGUCAUCUCUGUGGAAGAAGUUAGACCAUACGCUUUCUCAGAUCAGGAGCAUGCACAGUUCCCCGGGGUUUGUUGCCAAUCAGAGAGUCCGAACAAGAAGUGGAAUUGCAGAAAUCAAACGGCAGAGAAGGCUCGCCUCUCAAGCGGCUCCUGUCAAUUCAGAGUUGCUGACUUUAGCGUAUCUUUCAGGACAGUGUACAACUGUUGCUCCUUCAGCAGCUACACAGCUUGUCCGGCCAACUGGCCAGAUUACAGCUCCCGUGAGGUCAAAUUUCGUAGUGGUGAACCAUUCACAGUCACAAGACACUGUGGCCACUGGGGAGGCUUUAAAUAUCGUUCCUGGUCCUCAGGAAAGGAAAACUCAAGCCAGUGUAAUGUCUCCUGCUCGACGCAAAAGUGAAUCUCAAAGGAAAAGUAACACUCUGUCUGGGCCUCAUUCGACAAUACGGAAUUUCCAGGAUCCAAAUGCAUUUGCAGUAGAAAAACAAAUGGUUAUUGAAAACGCACGAGAAAAAAUCUUAAGUAACAAAUCUCUUCAAGAAAAACUUGCAGAAAACAUUAAUAAAUUUCUGACUAGCGACAACAGUGUUGUUCAAGUACCUAAGCAAACAGAGAGCAACCCUACAGAACCGGAGACGUCAAUCGAUGAGCUCCUGGGACUUCAGAGUGAAAUCCAUAUGUCUGAGGAAGCUAUCCAGGACAUACUGGAGCAGACAGAAUCAGAUCCAGCGUUUCAGGCACUUUUUGAUCUCUUUGACUAUGGUAAAUCAAAGAAUAAUAAACAGAUAGCACAAGGCAUUUCCAGUCCACAUCUGGACACCAGUCCCAGUGUAGUCUUAGCAGAUGAAACUAAUCUAGCAGUUAAAGGUUCUUUUGAACCAGAACAGUCUGGUGAUCAGUCUGGGCAGCCCCCGUUUUGUCUGUCCUAUCAAAACGAAGACCCAUCAAAUCCAAACAGCAGCAGCCAUGAUGAGCCUAGACAGGAAGCCCAGGAACACUUUUCUCAGAUAAGCUCUAGCGUCCAGAAAAAGGCAUUUAAAACGGGUGUACCUAAUGAACAGAAGUGUAACCUUGAUAUUACCUUUGAAUCUGUGCCUCAUUUGAAUGACUUUAACCAAAGAGUAAAUUCUGAUGCCGAAUGUAGUCAGCGUUGUGCCGAAUUAUACACCCAUCAGAUGUCUACCGAAACUGCCAUGGCAGUGGAGGUUGGAAAGAGUUCUCUGUUGCCCGAUGCGCCACGUGAUUCACCGUUACAGCCUGAUCAGUCUGGUAUACCAGUAACGUCAUUUGUUUCCCUCGGUGGGGACACUAACAGUGAAAACUUGAUUCUCUCUGAGAAGAGUUCUCAGCUUUUAUCCCAAAAUAUUCCAUUAACUGGAAAGACAACUAAAACAAGUCAGUUUUGUGAAAGCUCUAACAACGUAGGAAAACUUAAAACUAACCUCCCUGAUUAUAAGUCACCAGACCCUAAAGAGAUUCUCCAGAGUAAAACUGAGAUUCACAAUGGUUUGCCAGUUGCAUCACAACAGCGUGCGGAUUGCCAUGAUGAUUCUCCACUUCACAGCAAGAUACUACCUGUAUCGGUUGAAAGUUCGGGUUUAAAUGUAUCUGAACAAGUAGACAUUCGCCUGGAAGAUUCAGCAUCUUCAGUUAAACAGCCCCCAAAUGGUUCAUCAUCUCUUGAGUUAAAUCAUAUGGAAGAAUGUGAAACUCAGCCCUCAAGGUCUGAGAAAGUUGCUGAUGAUUCACAAGAGCCUUCAUCUUUAAAAGAAGAUGGAGAUAGUAUUUUUCUCACUUUAAGUGAGAAUGGUAACUGUGGGGAAGUUGCACUGAUUGCUCCUGAAGGUGAUCCUGUAGAAAAAUGCUCUGGUCCCUCAGACUCUGUGUGUUCUUCAGUGGGAGGUCCCCUCCCUGAGUCCCAGAACACCACCAGUGACAGACCUGGCAUUGACAGCUCGGCAGAUGUCGAUGCAGCAAAUAUUGUUUCUCUUAAAAUUAUCAUUAGCGACGAUCCAUUCGUUUCCUCGGAUACUGAACUGAACAGUGCUGUUUCUAGUAUCAGUGGGGAAAACCUGCCGACUAUACUACUGUCCUCUCCUGCUAAGUCACCUGCCAAAAAUGCAGAAUUGGUUAAGUGCCUGUCUUCAGAAGAAGCCACAGGUGCCCUCACAUCUGCUGAGAGAACAGGGGAUUCAACAUCGGCAGAACAGAGCCUCUUGGCCCUCAAGCCCGAAGAACCCACAGUGAAUGCUCAGAGUGAAGGCAGUGUUUCUUUUUCAACCAGUGCCCCACCGUGCAUUUCCAAGGAUGGUGGGUACAUACAGUUGAUGCCAACCACAAGCACAACUUUCGGAAAUUCAAGUAACAUUCUGAUAGCUACAUGUGUGACUGAUCCGACAGCCUUAGGAACCACUGUCAGUCAGUCCAACGUUGUGGUGUUGCCUGGAAAUUCCGCACCUGGGACUGCUCAGCCCCCACCGCCUCAGUUACAGACCCCGCCAAGGUCAAACAGCGUAUUUGCUGUCAAUCAAACCGUGUCACCCAGCUUUUCACAAGGAUCUGCCAUCAUAAUUGCCUCUCCUGUCCAGCCUGUACUCCAAGGAAUGGUGGGGAUGAUCCCUGUAUCUGUGGUUGGACAGAACGGAAAUCCCUUUCCUGCUCCUCCUCAGCAGGUCCUUCAUAUGCCUUUGGCGGCACCUGUGUGCAAUAGAAGUAUCCCUCAAUUCUCCAUCCCUCCAAAGUCUCAGAAGUCUCAGGGACUGAGAAACAAGCCUUGUCCAGGAAAGCAGGUAAAUAAUUUGGUGGAUUCAUCUAGUCAUUUAAUUGGAUGUCAUGCACAAAGCAGAACUGAAGUGUCUGACAAGAGCGUGGCCACUGCUCUCGGGAAGAAGCUGGAAGAAGUCACAGUCCCUUUCUCCUUAGAGAGUCUCGUUCCAGCUAGCAAGCCAUCUGAAAGCCACAGACGCGUGCUCUGUUUUGAUAGCACCACUUCUGUGGCGAAUACACCGGACACAAACCAUAAGACAGUGUCCCAAAACAAGGAGAGGAGUGACAUUUCAUUUCCUAGUCUUGAGUCACCCACUGUGUCCUCCACCUCCAAGCCCCCUUCUAAUAAUGCUCUUAAAAGAGAGAGAGAGAAACCGCCUUUACCCAAGAUUUUAUCUAAAUCAGAAACUUCCAGUAGCCGACAUACCACCACAAAAGAAACUCAGUCAGAAAAGAGAGUCUCACCAACAGAAAUUGUACUUGAAUCUUUCCAUAAAGCAACAGCUAAUAAGGAGAAUGAAUUAUGCAGCGAUGUUGAAAGGCAGAAAAAUCCCGAAACUUCAAAACUGUCAAAUGGGCAGCAAAAUGGGGGUUUACGGAAUGAGAAAACCGUAGCUUCAUUGCAAGAACUGACCAAAAAACAAGGCACGUCCUCAAGUAGUAGAAAUGUCCUUUCAGUAGGUGCAGCUGGGAAGGAUCCAAAGCAAGAACAAACAAAAUCUGGCGGGUCUGUGGCUAACCCGCUAACCAAACCUGGCACAGACCUGCUACAGGAGGGUCAGUGGCACAGCCCAGUCAGUAGGCUCCCCGAUAGCUCUGACUCCCCCAUACCCCGGACAGCGGGCUCAGGGGCAGGCGACAGGCAUAAAGAAGAACCUAGAGAUGGGAUCAAGGUCCCCUCUGCUAGGCGUUUUGGUGAAGACAGUAGCACAGCCAAAGCUAUGGUCCCUCCUGUCACCCCAGACCUGCCUGCCUGCAGCCCAGCCAGCGAGACAGGGAGUGAGAACAGUGUGAACAUGGCCGCCCACACGCUGAUGAUUCUGUCCCGAGCCGCCAUCUCCAGGACCACCUCUACCACUCCCCUGAAAGACAACACGCAGCAAUUCAGAGCAUCUUCAAGGAGCACCACCAAAAAGCGAAAAAUUGAGGAAUUAGAUGAACGUGAACGAGCCUCCCGUACUUCCAAUAAAAAUCUUGCAAGCUCAUCACUACCAAUGAAAAGGAAGAAAAUUAAGAAAAAGAAGCUACCCAGUUCAUUUCCAGCUGGAAUGGAUGUGGACAAAUUUUUGUUAUCAUUGCAUUAUGAUGAGUAAACACUCUGAACCUAAAAGAACAGUAGCUGUUUAAAACUCGUACCCUUAAACUCUGAGUGUAGGGAAUGAGACACUGACAGGACCUGACCUGCACUUUCCUUCUCCUGAAAUUUCACUUUAUACCUAAAUCAUGCUGUUUCUGAAGCAGCUUCCUACUUUGUAAAUAGAUGUACCUGGUAUAUUUUUUAUUUCGGAAAAAAAAAAUUUGCAGAAAUGUAAGUAAAUCCAAUCUGCAAGACUGUAUAGCUGUGACAAUUGUGUACUGUAAAUACUGUAUGAAUCUGCUUGAAAUAGAGGUUCAAUCAGCCUAGUGUUCUUACAUUGUGUUUCUUGACUCCUUUGAUCCCUAACUCUGAGCUAGAUGCAUCUGGAGUAGUUUCUCACUUUUGGGGGGAAAUGAUGCUUAUACUUAAAAUUGCCUUUGGUAUCUGUCCUACAGGACCUUUGAAUUCAGCCACAAGGAUAGUACAGAAGGGAACACAACCUCACCUGGUGGUAGAGCGACCAGAAAGUAACAAUUUAGGAUUUUUUCUAGAGGGAAUACUUUAUUACCCAUAAUUACAGUAAAGGUUAUAUUCCUGAAAUUUUAUGCUUUAACUGUUUCUUCUGAUGGUUCUGGUCUCUUUGUUUUAAAGAGAAUUUUGUAAACCGUUUUGGAGUGUUCUAAUCUUUUGUUUAUGACUUUUAAGAUCUUUUACAGAACUUUAAAUGUUUAGACUGUUGAGCCAUACGAAGUCUGUUCAUGUGGUAGCUCAUAUUCCUUGGUGUGUACGUCCUUCUCCCCCACAUACUGGCGCUUUGAAAAAUUGCACUAAUCCAUAGCACUUGUUACAUAGUUGUAACCAGUGCACAUCUGAUUUAAGUCUUGUGUUCUGGGUUAAAGCUUGUGUGGGGGACCAUUGUUUGGGAAGCUACGUCCAUCAUGAGAUGUAAAAAGAAAAAUCAUAGUUUUAUAUUUUAAUUUAGGUUCUCCUAAAAUGGGCUGUUAAGUAACUGUGUCUAUACUUAGAUAUAGUGCCCCCCUAAGGUGUUACAAAGAGUUACAGAGUCCUUAAGGAGAAUGAAAGAGGUGCCUUCUCUGUUUCAGACUCGCACACAUCAGUCAAGUUGAAAAAUUGGUUUCAAUCUUUAUGAGAACAGAAAUUAUCAUUCAUAUCUGACCAGUUGUGCCUAGAUUAAAGUAUAUUCUCUUAAGUGCUUUCUGUGUGGUUAAAUAUCAGUAUAUCAGGGUUUUUCUCUACAGAUGUGUAUGUUAAAGAGUCCUUUUCCUCUUUUUUUUUUUUUUUUUAAAUACUGGGCCUUUAAAAAACUAAAUCGAUCUUACUCCUCUUGAUCAGUGUGGAAAUCACAUCGUAAUUGCUGGACCUUACUGCAGAAAUUUGUCUUGUGCGAAAUGGUUAUGAUAUGGCAGUGGUCUUUUCAUAAGGAAGUACAUAUCAUACACUUAAUGUUUAUUUAACUCGAUUUGAUACUGUACUACAGUUAGGUUUGAAUAAAUAUUUUCAUUAACUUCA